AUGGACUCCUCCGCGCCACUUUGGGGCCUCUCGCCAGGUCAGAUAACCGGCAAAGAUGCGUCCGAGAUACUGGGCAGUAUUAGCAUGGCUGCAUUUCUAUGUCUCUUGUUUCCCCAACUCAUCACCAACUACCAGCGACAGAGUGCAGACAGCUUAUCCAUGGCGUUUCUCUUUGUGUGGUUACUGGGAGACGUGUCGAAUCUUCUCGGAGGUAUCGUCAACCAUAUCGCACCUGCAAGUCUGGCCGUAUCCGCCUAUCUUUGCGUUUCUGAUUCGACACUCAUCUGCCAAUGCUUGUAUUAUAACCACUUGAGUCGAAAACGCGUUCAAGAGACUGCGACGAUGAGUCAAGAAAGACAGCCACUUAUUUCAACCGACAUUGACGACAGAGGGGACGUGGCGCCCCACCACGCUUCGGCAUCAGGCAUUGAGGCAUUCCCCGCAAGUCACGACGGCGAAAGAGACGUGAACGCGAGCAUUUUCCAUUGGCGUUACAGCGUUGUAUGCAUUGUUUUGGUGCAGUUGGCCGGAGUAGCAGGCUGGGCUUUGCUGUACAAAGCUGGCAUUCUGACGAAUAGUCUGUACGCUUUCACCGCAAAGGCAGAUGACUCAAAGUCGGCGAUUGAAGUGUUUGGUUCGGUGCUGGGGUACUUCGGGGCCCUCUGCUAUUUGUGUGCUCGGGUGCCUCAAAUCAUCAAAAACUACAGGGGCAGGUCCUGUGCAGGCCUGGCACCUCUUUUCCUCUUUCUGUCCAUUCUGGGCAAUUUGAUGUAUGGUCUCAGUGUGAUCGCAUACAAUCAAGAGAGGGAAUACCUCCUGACGAGUUUGCCGUGGCUUUUUGGUUCACUUGGAACCAUUUUGGAGGACUGUGUGAUUUUACUUCAAGUUUGGAUGUAUCGGUAA